UAGUGUCUCCAAUCUCCUCUCUACGCACGUGACCUUUUACACCGUCUUGUGCAAGAAUUAGCUUUCAGUUGCAUAAUAAUAUGGAAGGACGCACAGGCAACCAAUCUGAGAAGCAGGUCGCUGUGGUUACAGGAGGGAACAGAGGAAUUGGCCUAGAAAUAUGCAAGCAACUGGCUUCCAAUGGAGUCACUGUAGUAUUGACAGCAAGGGAUGAGAAGAGGGGCGCCGAAGCUGUCAGCACGCUUGGGCUAUCCAACGUCGUAUUUCAUGAGCUGGACGUCAGCGAUCCGUCGAGCGCUGCACGCUUAGCUGAUUUUAUCAAGGAGAAGUUUGGCAAGCUGGAUAUAUUGGUCAAUAAUGCAGGAAUUACUGGAACGACGUGGAGCGUCGGCGACCCAGAAAUUUUUCGUCAAAAGCUCGCGGGCAUGGAUUUCAUGGAGAGGAUCGAAACAAUCCAUAAGCACAUCACGGAACCUUAUGAGGAAGCAGAGAAGUGCUUGAGGACUAACUACCAUGGCAUCAAAGCUGUCACAAAAGCACUGCUUCCUCUUCUGCAGUCCUCAUCCCACGGAAGGAUUGUUAACAUGUCAUCUGACUAUGGACUACUCAGGUUUUUCAGUGGAGAUGAACUUAAAGCGGAGCUCAACAAUAUCGACAGCUUGUCUGAACAGAGGCUGGACGAGUUGUCCGAAUUGUUCCUCAGGGACUUCGACGAUGGCCUACUGGAGGCUCGAGGGUGGCCUACGGGAGGGUUCAGUGCAUACAAAGUGUCCAAGGCUCUUGUGAAUGCCUAUUCCCGGAUCCUUGCGAAGGAUCACCCGUCACUGUGCAUCAACUGCGUGCAUCCUGGCUAUGUCCAGACGGACAUGAACUUCCAUGCUGGGGAUCUCCCAGUCGAGGAGGGAGUACGGGGAGUUCUCAUGAUGGCGAUGGCACCUAAGGGAGGCGUCACUGGUGCGUACUUGGACAAAACCAAGGUCGUGUCAUUCGUGUAAUAUAUAAGCGCACACCGUUAGUUACAGGGCAAUUUUCACAACGUUUCUUGUGGAGUAUAUUGAUUGUAAUUUGGUUCAUUCUUAGGUUCCUUCAAGUCAGAAUUUGCGGUGUUCCCAGUACGUGCAAAAGAAAAGUUAUUACUUCCCCUGUGGUGCUCAAUGAAUAAACAAUCUUCUUUAAUCUCUUUGGUCUCGUUAAUUUUCUUUAUUUUUUCUUUUUUAUUUCUCGAAUCCCCCGACCUCAUUAGCCUUGUAAAAUUUGGUGGCUUCUACUUUUUAUUAAUAUACUAACAAAAGUAUCCGUGCAU